AGGACCCCAGAGCAGACUGAGCCGCUGAGUAACAGCUUUAAAACGGGGAAUAUCAGAUCGUCACAGCGGAUUUAUCGCAUCCCACAUGCCUCAAGGAGCAAAACGGUUGCAGAAGCGGACCGGACUUCCAUGCAGAUUGUGGUUUUGCAUCUUUGAGUGAAGCUGUGUUUUUUUUUUUUUUUUUUUUUUUGGUCCGGACCCGAACGCAGACAACCCCAAAAGAGACAGACAGUAAAGUAGUACCAGAGCCGCCACUACAUUGGUGAGCAAACUUGGCAUCUCUGCGCGGUGGGAGGUGUCUGUUUGUCGGCUUCAGCUUGCUGCGCGCACCGCUGGCAGGGAGCUCUUUUAAAACGGGGUUCAUGUUUCUGUAAUUUUUCCCAUCUUUGUGCGCUUUUAAUUCUGCAACCAACUGUGGCUUUAAUGUGACGCACCGUACCGACAUUUGUGCUGAGUGCCGAAGAGAAUUCCCACUGCAGAGGAGUUCAGUAAAGGCUUGGUUAUUCAAGUUUUUACCUUCAGACUUGAACGGUGCCAGCACAACCAACACCAAUGUGAUAGUGACAAAGACUCCAGCAGACCAAGCCGGGCCAGGCCAUACCAGACGGGCCAGCUACCUCUCCACAACAGUAACCUUGUUACAACCUGCCAUUGAACCUUCAAAGAGAUUCCUCUGUGGCCCUCAGCAUCUGAUCAGUCUCCAGUCCUAUGUUGUGGUCGGCCUUGUCUGGAUGUCGGCAGCAGGAUGGCUUCUGGACUUGAUUUGACCAUUUACACCUCAUUGCAGCGCUGGCCACGCUCCCUCUUGGACUACCUAUCGUCCCCCUCCUCCCCAGUCUUUAAGCCCCCUCUUCUUACCUGGGGCCGCCCUCAGCCCUGUAAGGAAGGGCCCUAUAGGAACUGUAGCUUGUCUUGUUAAAACGGCUGACGUUGCAGAGAGGAAGCAGAGUUGAUAAGUCCUUACAAACGUUUACACUGAACAAGGGUUGCUGUGUUCAGUUUUCUGAUACAACCAGUUGCCUUUGCUGUUUUUGAGGAUCUUUCAAGUUGAGUUCUGAAGUUUACACAGGUAGCUUUGUGUAAUUCCUCACUUCUUACACAAGUCCUUAUUUAUAUUUACAUUUUCUUUUUUUGUGGUUUGAGGCCUGCAGAAGAAUGUCAGAGAUCAGCAGCAAAGCAGUAAAAUUCCUCGCCCCGAUUCCUCCUGCACCCUCUGACUCCCCCUGCCAGUCACCUCAAACCCCCCACAAGAAUGUGAACAGCCCUGCCAGUUCAGACUCGCACCUUGUGGAGAAGAUCGGUGAGCAGCCUGAGGUGCGGCGUCGGCGCCACACCAUGGAGAGGGACUCCAAAACAGCUGAGCACCGUUUCUUCCGCCGCAGUGUUAUUUGUGACUCAAACGCCACAGCUUUGGACCUUCCCAGCAAAGCGGCCGUGCUUCUCACCUCACCCCCAGACUGUGAAGGAACCCCCCUGUUCUUGUCCCCGCAGAGCUUUAGACCAGAUGAACAAGAGCCUGACGGCGAGAAGAACUCAGGAGGGUCUUUUCUGCAAAGUACUGGCCUUCAGCCUUACUCCGGCCUUGGUUUGAUGGUUACACAAGGGCACGUACAGCAUGCUGAGGGAGAUUUAGAUCUAAAUGUUAUCACUGUGGCUGUUCCCAAAAGUAAUUAUGGUGCAGAGGGGCCAAUAAAAGAACCUGUCCCAACAGUAUUGGAUAUUACGGACAGAAAGGUAGGCAAACAGGCUGAUGUCACGUUGUGUCCCCGAGGGAUUCAGGAAGCACAACGGGAGUCAAAGGAUGAAAAGGUAGACGAACGCGCACUUGAGGGGAGCAUUAGCAGUCCUACUGAGGAGAAGGACCGGGAGACAGAGGAAGAGAGGGGGCAAGCAAAAGCACGAGCAGAGCAGAGAGAGGCUGAGAAACGAGUGCAGGAGGAUAUAGAGGAGGCUGAGACGAAAGCUGUGGGGACUUCGCCGGAUGGACGCUUCCUGAAAUUCGACAUUGAGAUAGGAAGAGGGUCUUUCAAGACUGUGUACAAGGGACUCGAUACGGAGACUACGGUAGAAGUGGCAUGGUGUGAGCUGCAGGACCGUAAGCUGUCCAAGUCCGAGCGCCAGCGAUUCAAAGAGGAAGCCGGGAUGUUGAAGGGUCUCCAGCAUCCUAACAUUGUCCGCUUCUAUGACUCCUGGGAGGGUUUGUGCAAAGGAAAGAAAUGUAUUGUUCUCGUCACUGAGCUCAUGACAUCUGGCACGCUGAAAACAUACCUGAAGCGCUUUAAGGUAAUGAAAAUCAAGGUUCUGCGUUCAUGGUGCCGACAGAUCCUCAAAGGUCUUCACUUCCUGCACACCAGGGCUCCGCCCAUCAUCCACAGGGACCUGAAGUGCGACAACAUCUUCAUCACAGGGCCCACGGGGUCUGUGAAGAUUGGAGACCUGGGACUGGCCACGCUGAAGAGGGCUUCCUUUGCCAAAAGUGUCAUAGGUACUCCUGAGUUUAUGGCUCCUGAGAUGUAUGAGGAGAAGUACGAUGAAUCUGUAGAUGUGUAUGCAUUUGGGAUGUGCAUGCUGGAGAUGGCCACCUCUGAGUAUCCCUACUCUGAAUGCCAAAAUGCGGCCCAGAUCUACAGACGGGUAACAAGUGGGGUGAAGCCUGCUAGUUUUGACAAGGUGGCCAUUCCUGAGGUGAAGGAAAUUAUAGAGGGCUGUAUAAGAACAAACAAAGAUGAGAGAUAUGCCAUAAAGACCCUGCUGAACCACGCGUUCUUCCAGGAGGAGACGGGGGUGAGGGUUGAACUUGCAGAGGAGGAUGAUGGGGAGAUGAUUGCUAUCAAACUUUGGCUCAGGAUAGAAGACGUCAAGAAGCUCAAAGGCAAAUAUAAAGAAAACGAAGCUAUUGAAUUCUCCUUUGACCUGAACAGAGACGUACCUGAAGAUGUGGCGCAGGAAAUGGUUGAGUCUGGCUAUGUUGCUGAGGCUGACCACAAGACCAUGGCCAAAGCGAUCAAGGACCGUGUGUCUCUGAUCCGAAAGAAGAGAGAACAGAGGCAGCUGGUGAGAGAGGAACAGGAGAAGAGAAAGCUUGAGGCAGAGAAACAGCAACAAGAGGCUUUCAAAGCUCCACAGACCCAGUCAAAGACGGAGGAAACUGAGGCAGAACAACUUCACCAUCAGCAGACCGGCAUCGCUCACACUGAAGGCGGUUUGGACAGCGGACAGGGUUCCUCGGUUUUCUCCUCCGACUCCCCCCACCUGGGUCAGCUGAGCAUGUCUUACAGCUGCCCCCCGUCCUCCCAGCCCCCCUCCCAACCCCAGACCCCGUACCCCCAAACUGCCGCUGCUGUGUCGCAGCAACAUCCAGGCUAUUCUCAGCCAGCGCAGCCAAUGCAGCAUUCAAUGCAACACCCCUUCGGUGGAGGAGCAAGUUCAGCCGGAGGAGUCCCAGCUCUCCCAGAACCUCCUACUAUUUUCUUCCCCUCCAUCCCUGAGCGGCCUAUUUCAUUCUCUCCUCCUCCCACCGGGCCCCCAAAGGGUUACAACACCCAGAGACGCAAGAGCACCUCCAUCUUGGAGGCGCACACCCGGCACUUCCAGCCAGCCUACCCGCGGUACGGGAGCACCCUGCACCCGUUUUCUGGGAUGGAAAGUGUAGAGGCUCCAUCUCUUUUUAUGGUGAAUCCUGGAUUUGCAGCUGCUGCUCAGAGACUUGGCACUGGUGACUCUCUGCAUCUCCCAGGGCAGUCUGAGCCGACUUUGUAUGGAUACAAAGAUAUGAGAGCAGAGCAUGAGGAAGCAGUGAGGCGGUUGAGUCUUAAUCAAGCUGCUUUGUUGGACCAUUAUGAAGCAAUGGCAUACGCAGGGUAUCCAAUGACUGCCCACCAGCUAGGUCACCUUAGUUUUCAUCAUCAGAGGCACGCAGCAGCUGCGGCUGCAAGCUUGGGCUUUGAUCCCGGUCCUCCACCUCAACCAGGGUUCAUACACCCACACAUCAUGCAGAGAAUAAGUGCACACAGCCCAAUACCCUCACCGCUGCCCCCUAUGACUCCAUCAACAGGUGGCUCAAUCUCUUCUUCAUCAUCCGAGGGAUGCUUUACUCCACAGCACGCUUCCUCAUCCGCCUUCCCCAUUUCUGCACCCCCGGUAAUGGCUGAUGCUCUACCUGCUGGAAGUGUUUUUGAGUUCCAUCUAGCUGCAGCUGCUGCUGCAGCUGCUGCAGACCCAAACCUGCUGGCGUCCAGAAUUUACAGAGCUCGGCGAAGCUCAAUGGACCUCCCUCUGGAGGACAGCUCUGGAACGGGAUCUGGUGGUUCAGGAUCCUACAACCGACUCCAGCCAGUGACGGAGGAGCUCUAUGCUUACGUCAGUCCAGAGCUUCCAAUGCCUCCUGGGAAUCUCCUUCUUCACCACAUUGGUUUAACCACAAAGGACAGAAGCCCUGAACCAUCUAGUGACUCUCUGGCUUCCUCUGAUGCAGGAGAGUUUCAGUCACCUCCUCCCCCGAAUUUCCCUGCUCAGUUCGGCUCCUCAUCCGCUCAGUCUAUCCCUCGUUCCUCCUCUUCUGCACACUACGAUUCCUCAGGGGGAGCCCUUCUCCAGGACCCCCAGGGACAUCCGCCUUCAGUCCAGAACUUUUUCCCUCCUACUCCAUCGUCUGAGCUCCCACCUGGCAGAACAUCAUCAACUCAGAUGGAGUCUCUGCAGAGUCCCUGGCCCCGGCAGGGAGGGGUGGCACCAGCCCAACCCGAUAAGACCUACCACGAGCCAUUGCAGGCUGUUAUUCCCCCUCUGCAGCAGGUUCAGACUCCCACCCCUAAACCAAGUUCAGGACCUCCUCUCGUCCCUGCCGCCACACAGCCUGAUCCUGCAGGGAUGUCCCAACAGGCUGUAUUGUCUGGACAGAGUUCUGCUACCCUUCAGAGUCCAACACACACCACACUGCAGCAAGUGCCUGCACAGCCCAGUUUACCUCCACCAUCCUCUACUGUUCCCAUGGCGACCCUCCCUUCUCCAUCUGCUCUUCCGGCAUCCGUCGUGCCCUCCCUCCCCUCUCCUCUGCCAAUCCCUGUUGGGGUGGUGCCUACACUCGUUCCCUCUCCUCUUCCUCCUGUGCCCACACCUGUGCCUCAGCCUUUGGCCACCGUGGUGCCAGUCAUCAGCGUAGUCACCGCCCCUCCUGACACUCCCAUGGAAGCCCCUCCCAAGUCGGCUUCACAGUCUUCAGAGCUGUCUCAGGGCCAACUACAGCCACCUCAAGUUCUCUCAUUUAUAGAGAGCUGCCACUCUGAGACCUCGGGCCUGAGUGACGGAAACGAAGGAGGAGGCGGCCGUCACGAGGGUCGCUCCACCAAACGACAUCAGAGGCGUUCUGUGCGAAGCCGGUCACGACAUGAGAAGAUAUCCAAGGCGAAACUUCAUGUUCUAAGUAUCUCCAACCGAGGAGACAGGGUGGCAGAGUGUCAGCUGGAGACUCACAACAGGAAGAUGGUGACAUUUAGGUUUGACCUAGAUGGAGACAACCCUGAGGAGAUCGCCAAGAUCAUGGUCGAGAGUGAGUUUAUCCUGGAGAGUGAGCGGGAAUCAUUCAUUGAGCAGGUCAGAGAGGUCAUCGAGAAUGCUGAUCAGAAAGGUUUGGAAAGAGACCCAAGCGGCCACAUGAUGGGCGAUGAAAAAGAGCAGAUUCCUGCAAUAAGUAGCCCCAUGCCAGAUAUCGCUCCCAGUGCAACUGCACAGGUGGUCCAUUCAGCAGGACGGAGGUUUAUCGUUAGUCCUGUACCCGAAGGCAGACUGAAGGACCAAACUCUGCCCCCCUCGCCUGCUCCUGCCCCUCUACCUCAUGCUGAAACUGCUCAGUCUCAUACUCCAGGCCAAAUUUUAGGAUUUUCCCAGUCUGCGGGAGCAAUCACGUUACAGCAAGCCUUCGCUGAGCUCAGACAGAACAACAACCAGUAUGAUGCAGGUCCUAACACUGCCCCAGCCUCCAUCCACUCCACCCACCCCCCCCUGCAGCCUGCAGCAGUGCCGGUCUCCAUAUACAGCAGCAUAGUCACUCCGCCUGUGGAUUCAAGUCUAGAUCAAGUUAAAGAGCAGCUCUUAGAAGCUUCUCCUCCUCCUCCCUCCCUUUCCUCGUCCUCCACCCCAUCCUCUGCACCCCCUGUCUCCUUCAGUCCUCCUUUCUCUUCAUCUCCUCCUACCACUAUGGUCAAUCAGACCAUCCUUCAGUCUCAGUCCGUGAUGCAGGCUGUGUCUCCACAAGCCCAAAGUCAGACACAAACUCAGCCCCAGGCUUUUAUCCAGCCCCAAACAUUUUCUGCUGCUUCACUGCCACCCUCUUUACCAACAACCAACAUCUCCAGCAUCCCGCCGACAGUGCUCAGCUCCUCUCUUCCAGUUCAGACUGUCCCAUUUGUAUCUUCACCUCCUUCUUCUGCUCUUACAUCCAUUGAAAUCUUAUCGGAUCACCCGUCAGUCUCUCCCACCUCCUCCCUCACAUCCUCCGUCUCCCUGUCCUCCGUUAUCCCCACUACUGCCAUCCCGGGUCCACAGCUCGCUCCAUCUUCCACCUCCCCACCAGUUCCCGCAGCUGGCUUCUCCACCUCUGUGGGACUGCAACCGGUGACCACAAACGGUCCUCCAGUCCAGCCCACUUCGGUCCACUCACAGCCACAAACUGCGUCCCUGCCGGGGCAGACACACACACACUGUGGAGAAUGUGACACGAGGACUGAAGCCUCCUCUGAGUCCCUAGGCAAACCGGACGACAUCCAAGCUCUGGACAUGAAGCUCCGUUCCCUCUUCAUGGACCUCGGCGGAGGGGUGCCAUCCACACAAGGAGAUAUCUUAGUUGCUGACCCUGCCACUGGAGCCUCUGUGGCAGGUACCUCAUCCCCCAUUAGCACUGGCUCUACCUCCACCACGUCUGUAACAGGUCCUGGCUCCAGCCAGUCAGUCAAUCCACCUCUGCCCCCCUCCAGCCUGGCACUGGGCUCUCUGGGGUCACCUGCAGCCAUGCAAGGCCCAGGAACACCUAUAGCCACACCUGCACCAUCCAUUAUCCCUGCUUCUUCUUUGAGCCAGACUACUCCAUCCAAAACUCCCCUAUCCAGGGUACCGGCCACUUCUCCUUCUUCAGAACUCCUGACACCCUUCCCUGGACCUUGUCUAAUACAGUCACAGCAGCCUCUAGAGGACCUGGACGCCCAGCUGAGGAGAGCAUUGAGUCCAGAAACCGUUCCUGUGAGCUUACACACACAAGUAUCUCACAGCGGUGUUCCUUCAAAAGGACAACCAAUUCCUUUCUCUCUGGAAGAAGAAAAAGCACCUUCCCCUGCUCCUUCUCCUGCAGCUGGAAUUAAAUUAGGGAGGUUUCAGGUAUCAUUGGCUGCCGAAGAGCCUGCUGUUCAGCGCCCAUCCUGCACCGAGUCGUCUUCCACCACCUCCUCCACUUCAUCCUCUUCAUCAUCCUCCAGCCUUUCCAGCCCAGAGAGCACUUUGCACAAAGACUUCUCUUCACAUUUAAGAGGGAAAGGAGUAAAAGGCGGAGAUGUUGUGGAUGGACUCCCCCAGAAGACUCCAACAAGAUCCCACCACGCGUCCCCUUUAACUUCCCCAUGCCAUUCCCCCAAACCCACCACCACCAUUGGGCGCUUCCAGGUCACAGCCAACCCUGAGACCCGUGUUGGACGAUUCUCAGUCAGUCUUGCCCAGGAGCAGAUCUGUGAGCCCAAGCAGAGCCCUCCACCUGCUGCUCGGGCUGCUAAUGGACCCAGUGAUUCUGGACAGGUUCUGUCUCCAGACCCACCUCAUAUAGCCUCCCUGCCAAGCCUAAAUAACAACUCCUUCAAUAACUCCUACAUGAGCAGUGACAACGACUCUGAAUUUGAGGAUGAAGAUUUCAAGCGGGAAGUCGGUCGCCUCAGAGAAAAGCACCUGCAUGAAAUUCAGGCCCUCCACUCACGCCAGAAGGAGGAAAUAGAGCAUUUGUUUACAAGGCUGGGAAAGGUGCCUCCAGCUGCUGUGAUCCCACCUCUAAUCGCCUUGACCGGCAGGAGGCGACGACCCACCAAAAGUAAAUCUUCAAAAUUGUCCAGAAACAGCUCCACCCAUGGCAGCAAGAGCCCUUUACUGCCAGACAGCACUUUAUCCGCCCAGAGCGUUCCGGCCGUGUACCCCGGCCAGCUGCCUCUGUUAUCCCCUGGAGGGUUGGCCGACUCGGGCAGCAGCACUGCGCUCCAGCCCCUCAAACAGUCUCCCUCCAGUGACAAUCUGUGCUCAGCCUACACCAGCGAGGCGGCGCUGUCUGUGCCCAGCUUGUGUGCUCCGACCCCAGGCUGUGUAAAGUUCAGCUGGGGUUCGGAGCGUGUGGCCUUCAAGCCGGGCGGCAGGAGGACGCGCUUUCUGAGGAAGAUGGUGAAAAAAGUCUGCCCCUGCAACCAGCUCUGUAGGACUAACAGCAGCAACGCAGUGAGCGGCUCAGAGGGGUUGGGUCAAAGCCAGGGGGGCUCUCAGUGUCUGGCACCCAACAUGUCAGUCCCCCACCAGAGGAAAGGAACUUUCACCGAUGACCUCCAUAAACUAGUGGACAACUGGGCAAGGGAUGCCAUGAAUCUCUCACAGGGUAAAAGGAGUGCCAAACAGCAGCAGCAGCUGGCCCCAGCACAGGGACACAGUUAUGAGGUUACCCAGUCCACCAGUCUGGGCAGGAAGUACUCAGCUCCCAGCCAGCUUUGUCCCAGCAGCAUCGGAGGGUCCGCCCACCUCCCUGCAAACCCCACCAGCGCUACCUCUCUGGCUGCCAGGAAAAGCUCCCUCUGCCACACUCAUGCCUCCUCCACUCCACCCCAAUUUAUCCACUAUGUCCCCAGUGCUGCCUACACAGCGCAGUGGUGCGGUCCAGCUCACACCAUGUCAAACCCGCAGCAAGCACCAACACAGCCUCUCUUGGUCAGCGCCUCUCAGCCUCUGGGGCCCUAUGCCCCUCCACAGGGCCAGCUACCAGGACAGGGGCCCUUUCUGCUCACUACCACUCUGCAGAAGUCAGUGAGCAGCCCAGGGGGGGCGAACCUGAGGACCACAUAGGGGUUGGCACCGGGGCCGAUUUUACUGACGGACAGCCCAGUUGGACAAGUGGAAGGUGGCUUGUUUGCAGCUAGAGGAAAAGGAGAUGCUCUGGAGUGAGAAAAAAACGCAAAAACAAAUAAUAACUGAAAAACAAAAUAUUUUCAGUGUGUGGGUGAGACACCCUUCUUGCUUUGGGGUCAUGAUCGCUAGCCAAAAUAUCAAAGAUAAAGAAAAGGAAUGCAUGCUAUGUCUAAUGGUCGAAAGAAGAUUUCUGACCUGGUGCAUUGUUGGCUGGGUGCAUCACAGUAAAUACGAAAAUCUUUGAUAAGAUCUUUUAUUUCAGUAUUUCAAUGCCAAAAGUAAAACACUAAUAUUAUAUAUAUAUGCAUUACAUACAGGGUGAUAUAUAUUUUAUGAAUUUAUUUCUGUUAUUUUUGAUUAAUAUAAUUUACAGCUGAUGAAAACCUAAUUUUCAAUAUUACCAUAGACUAAUAAAAACAAUACAUCUUAUUACAGAAGGGUAAUGCUUUGGCCUUAUGUCUUACACAAUCAUCAGUUUUUCCUUCCACUUCCCAUAUUAAUAUGCUUGGUUACAGCACCCUGUAACCAGCCAGCUUUUUUGGCAGUAAUCUUCUUGACAACUAUUAAGUCAAAAUCUUUCAGGUAAAGGGCCAGAAUGAUUAACAGAAAUAAAGGUGUGAGAUAUACCACUCUGUGUAAUGAACCUAUAUAUCACAUCAGUGUCACAUUUUGAAUUAAAUUGUUGAGAUAAAUAAACCUUUCAAUGAUCUUCUAAUUUACUGAGAUCCAACUUUAAGAUGAUUGUGUCGAAAUAAAACUUUUUAAUUUGACUUUUUCUUUGUAAAACAAAGUCCUUAAAUAGAGUGACUCCAACAAAAUAUCACAAAUACAGCUGUUGGCAUUCAAAAGUAUGAGUUUAAUGUGUUUGUCUUAAAAAGCACAAAAAAGAUCUCGAAACAAUGCAUAUCAACACUUGAUGGGAUUGCCCUGUUUUUUUCCUCUUGAUCAAUUCUGUAAGAAGAUAGGGAGAAACGAAGCAAAACAGGUUGAUGAGGAGGAUUUUAAUUGUGUUUGUACUGGGUCCUGUUUAGGCCUCAUCUGCUCACCAAACAGCUGCCUCUGCACUCCAGAUGCCUCCUCAAUGUCACGACUCCACCUUCUCCUCUCAUCCUUCUGCUCACCUUUGUGUGUCGCCAUGUGAAGCAAUAACAGCAGUAACUUUUAGGGUGGAACAAAAAAGAGCUCGAAAUGAGAAAACAAGUGGCCUUGUUAUCAGAAUAAUAUCAGAGUCCUUGUACAGUUUGUGUGUAUUUUUUUUUUCUGAAUGUCUGCUUAUGAUGAUUCCAUUUUGGUGUUUAUUUUGGUUUUGUUGGGUUUGUUUUGCUCACUGCUGCCACAUAUCCACACACAAAAUGCACAAGACAGUCACAUAAAUGCACACAGACGAGGCGUGGCAGCGGUUAAACCGACUUAGACUCACAGAUGUAUGCCUCAUUUCUGACUAGGCUGGUUUCAACGUUUGGGUUGAAAUGAUUGCAAGUGUAAAUUACUAUAUUAAUGUUAUUCUAUUUAAGAUGAAACAAAUAAAAAAAAGGCGUUCUGUCAAUGGACCUGUUAUAUGUGCACAUCGCUGUACGAUGUGGAGACACUGUGAUAUUUCUUGUUUAUUAGCAGAAUGUUGUUGGACACCGUUUUUUGUGAUUUAGUGGUGAUGCAUCACAAAAAGCAUUCAGAAAGCAGCUUGCGAGUUGUUUCCUCUUCAGUUCAAUAGGUUUUUAGCAAAAAAAAAACUAAUAAACUUACAAAAAACUAGGCAUAGGCCGAUAAUUUAAAACAAAAAUGUAUGACUUUCAAAGCAUAUUCAAAACAAUCAAAUUUUUUCAUCUUGUUGUUCCUACAGUUAAUUGUUCUCAGAUGCCAGAAAAUGUGGCUGAGUAAGACCCUAGAGUAAACGCAGCUCUGCCCCUCUCCCACCGGUUGUUGCGCACUGCUUGUCAGCAAGCUGAAACAAGGCUGAUACACUUGUCCCACACUUAAGAGAAAGACAAAUUUGUUUUUCUGGUCGCAAAAACCAUAUUAAAAUUUUAUACUUAACUAGUGCUUAUCAAAGUUUCAUUGUUGCUAAAAUAUAACAUUGAUUAUUAUAGUUACAACACUGCUCUAUUUACUGUAAAGGAGGGAAUGUGUGUGCAACUACAGGUGUAGGAGAGACAAUCAUUUGUCUCUAUGCUUUAACCAGAGAAAGCUCUGGUCACUCCAACACUUUUAUCUAGCAUCUUUAUUAGCGGGAAUCUUAGCUGGUGGUAACCGUAUGAUGGAAAUAUUUUGUGACGGGAACGUUGUAAAACCUUGGUGUUCCUUUAACCACAAAUGGAAGUAUGGCUGAAUUUGUUUUUCUAGUUAUUGAGGAAAGAGUAAUGUUUCUUUCUUUCAGUCAGCUGACAGGCAGUGUGCUGCAACAGGUGAGGGAGGGACAUUACUGUAUAUGUCUAAUUUGUAUACAGCCAGAGAAAUCUGAUUGCUGCAGCACUUUCUCUGGCUUCCUGUUAAAAUAACCUAAAAUGUAACAUCAUAGCGGAGGUGCAGCACAGAAAACUCUGGUCUCUCUGGCAUUUUCUCUGGCAUCUCAUUACAAGGACUUAAUCAUACGAACGCUUCCACUGCAGAUUUCUGCGGUUUUGAAACCAUACGUUAAUUAAAACCUUGAAUCCGGUAACCGACCCAUGCCUAGUGAAAACAUUUCCUUCAAGCAAAGCAUCCUGUUUAUAUUUACCAAAAAAUGAAUGCCCUAUCGAUAACUGGUCAUCUUCUCUGUUCAGCAUUAUUAAUUAUUGAACUGAAAGUGGAAACUGAUUUGUUGAUAUUUAGAUAAUGAAAUAAAACUAGUUAUUUUUUUCUAAUAGUCCUUAUUUAUCAGACACUUUAAACACACCCUCUUGCUCCCUUUCCACCCUGGUAUUGUUGGAUGAAUGUGAAUGUAUAAACCAAUGGUGUCCAUUGUAUUGUACUUGAAAAGAGAAACUGUUUUGUGUUUUUAUUUUCACUGUCUUUGCCCUCAAAUCUUAGAGCCUCUGGUUGAAACCAGAGGAACUUAUAGUGCCUUGCAUCCUUCCUGUUGCUUGUCGGUUCCUGGUUGAGGGGUUGGAUUGAAGGUGGCAGAAUGUGUGUGGAUUUUACUGAAGCUGAUUGUUGAUGUGUUUUGAAGGUGUGCUGGUGAUUAAUAAGUAUAUCGUCUGCAAAAUAGAAACAUUUGAAUGCUUCUGUUUAAGUUGCGGGGAAGGUAAGACUGGAAGGUAAAUAUGUCGUCACUCUGCUGCUGUUCAAACCAAGAACUGUUAAAGGUUAGAAAAGGCAACUGUUACUCAUCAGUGUUGUUUCUCUUGCUGUGUCCCUUUUCAUUUUUAAGGAGGGGAGUUGUUAAAAAUUGUGUCUGAAGCUUGGACCACUCUGUACCCUGAGUGUAGCAUGCUGCUUCCGUAAAGUAAACAGAUAGUUUGGCUUAAGGUUGAUUGACAUCAAAGAAACUCAUUUUAAGAUAUCCUUAAUUUUCACUUGAAUACUUUACAUUAGUGAGCCGCACAGUGGUUCUGUAAAAUGUAGACAAAGUGAAUGGAAGCAGCUGAAAGUCUCUCUUUUACACAUAAGUCCAUGUUUCAGUAGCAAGGGUUUAGCCGCACUAUAAUAAUGUAGCUGACGAAAUAUCAUUUGCAAAUAAUUUCUGAAUGAAUACUCAGUCCAGUUUAAGGUUGAUUAAAAUCACAACUGUGCAUUUUAAAAUACCUGUUAUCUAGCAGAAACACAGGUAAUGCUUAGGUAUUUUAGUGCUUACUAUCCUGUAAGUUUGUGGAAUAAUUUGAGAACUUUGAGAACGUAACCUUAAAGGUGAAAAACAUUAAAAGAAAAAAGAUUUACCAGCAUUAAAUCACUGGAGCUUCUUUAGCUGCCAGGCUAUUAAUGUUAUUUAACUUUUUUCAAAUAAAAUAAGUGCUUACUGUGCGCUGCAGUAAUGUUAAAGUGGACCUAUGUCAUCAAGCUGUAGGAAUAGGGCUAAAAGGCUCAGCAGCUUUACUUAAGAUGAAGUUCUUUUAGUUGUGCUGGGGGACUUUUACUAUGACAGGUUCUUGUUUUUUUUCCAUCUUUGUUCAUUAAAGUCAAAUUCCAACCCUUUAUUCACUUUAAAAGUGCCCUUAUAGAAAUAUGUUCUGAUUCACACAUCGAUACAAGCACACCUUGUCAAACAAAUGCAGUUUUGGCCCAUUUUCCAACUGCUUUUUAGUUUCUCCUCUGUUUAUCAAAGCAAGAGUUUUUCUUAUUACUCAAGCAUUCUUUGUCCAACAUGUAUAUUCGUUUUUCACUCUGUGCUGCUGUCCUUUUAUUAGUCUUUUUAAAUCUCACUUGUUUUAUGUGCUGUUUUAAAACAUGUGGGUGUCUUCUGCACUGUGUUCAAUGUUGUACAGGUAAAUGACACAAAGAGUCAUCAGCAGCCUUGAGCGGCAUGUUUUCCCCUUAGUAUAGAGUGUUCAAGCUUCAAAUAAAAAAAGAUCAAAUUUGCGCUUUGCGCUAAAACACAGUAAAAUUUGUUACUUUAUUUGUAAAAACUUAUUAAAUAAAGUUGUUUAAACAAAUGGAA